UGGUUGGUUGCUGUGGUAACGUCAAAAGAAGUGUACUGGUAGCUUGCUAGCUACAACAAAAGUACAAACAAUCAAAUUACAGUCAGUCAGAUUGAGCGGUUUGACGCCUAUACAAAACACGAGGAUUUUGUGGAGAGGAGGGAAAACCAGUGAAGAGAUGGCGAGCCAGAGGCUACCCUCAGGUAGACCGAUGAGUCGGGGGUCUCUAGUACCAGGGACUGGGAGACUUCCAACCGCCGUCAGACCUCCACCCACAGCCAUUAGAGUCGGAACUGGGAUGGUGCCGGGUACUGGGCGUCCUGGAACCAAAGGAGGAGCCCUAGGGACCUCUGGCGUUCUCUCUGCUCAAAUCAAAGUGGCCGACCGGCCAGUCACCCAGCAGGGCCUGAGCGGCAUGAAGACUGGCAUGAAGGGACCUCAGAGGCAGAUUCUGGAUAAAUCCUACUACCUUGGCCUCCUCAGGAGUAAGAUCAAUGAACUGACGACAGAGACCAGCAAACUGCAGAAGGAGAUCGACAACUUCAAUCAGGAGAACUCUGUUUACCUCUCCUAUGAGAAAAGAGCAGAAGGACUUGCUGGCGAACUGAAGGAUUUACAGGGACAGCUGGCAGAUUACAAUAUGCUAGUUGACAAGUUGAACACCAACACUGAGAUGGAGGAAGUCAUAAAUGACUUCAAUAUGCUGAAAGCACAGAACGACAGAGAGGCUCAAAGCAUGGAUGUCAUAUUCACAGAAAGACGAGAGAAGGAGGAGAUGAUCCGAGCGGUGGAGGAGGACAUGGAGAGGGAGAAGCAGGCUGCUGAUGACAUCAUCAAAAAGAUGUCUCCAGAGAAACAGGACCAGUACGCUGCCCUGAAGGCCAACAACGAGGAGCUGCUACAGGAGCUGGAUGGUCGUCAGGAGGAGCUGGAUGCCCUCAUAACGCGGAAGGAGAUGUUUGAAGCAGAGCUCUAUCACUCCCAGGUGAAACAGGAAGCUGUGUUACUACAUGAGAAGCUUCAGGAGCUGGAGCUGAGGAGGGACGCCAUGGUGGCAGAGGACAAGAGCAUGGGAUCGCCCCAGGAGGAGAGGGACAGGCUGUUUAAACAGGUAAAAGAGGACAACCAAGAAACAGCAAGCAUGGAAAGACAGUUGACUGAGAUGCGUGAGAAGAUGAGCCUGAUCAACGAGGAUAUCCGACAGCUUGACAAUAACAUGGAGGAACACCAAGGUGAACGAAACCAGAAGUACAAAGAACUAAAGAAGAGAGAUGAGACUAUGGACAGUUUUCUGGAUACAUUUGAUGAGACGAAAGCUACAGAGGUGGAGAAGAACCGUCAGACACAGACCACCAUCAUAGCUCUACUGGAACACUCCAGCAGGAACAUGAACCGUAUGCGACAGAUCUCGUCGGUGACGGCCAAUGAGCUCAAGUCCAUGCAGGAAGACCUGAGCUUCAAGGAGACUGAGAUGCACAAGUCCCAGAACACAGCUAAGGGCUUGUCUUCAGAGAACCAUCGUCUGACCCAGGACCUGCAGAAGGUAGAGCAGCUGGAGAGUAAGAUCAACACAGAGCUGACCAGCCUGAAGGACAAGAUAGACAGCAUGACCCAGGAGCUGGAGACGUACGGCAACCUGGAGGCGCUCAAGGCUGCCGGAGAGGACAAGAAGAAGAAACUGCAGGAGGACAGAGUAUCCCUGGCCCAGAGGAGAGACGGCUUUCAGAAGGUCAUGCAGAAGAUGAAUGAGGUGUAUGAAGCUCUGAAGACGCAGCUACAGGAGAAUGAGACACAUGCUCAGCUGACCAAUCUGGAGAGGAAGUGGCAACACCAUGAGCAGAACAACUUUGUCAUGAAAGAGUUCAUCGCCUCUAAGGGUAUGGAGAGUGACUACCGUCCCCUGGUGAAGACUGUCUCCAGGCAGCUGGCAGAGUACAACAAGAUCCUCAUAGACACCCUGCAGGGAACCAGGAACUAGGAACCAGGAACUGACUGAAGGGGACAGGGACGGCUACAGCUUCCUCUCUCUGGAGACGUUCACCAUGUCCCUGGUACACUUCCUGCAUCAACCCCUCUAUCUUACACAUACGUAUG